AUGACAGUCUCAGAACCUCUUGAGAAGUUACAACAAUCAUUCAGAUCUAUUCAGUCGAUAAAUUUUGACGAUGCGCAAAUGUUUACCAACUCGAUUGUGAAUGCACCAGCAAUAACAACAUUAUUGAAGGACCCCACCCAUGAUGAAAGUUUGCUAUAUAAGAUUGUCAAACCAAAAACCAAUAAAGGACCAAGCAAACUAGUAAGUACAAUUGUUGAGUCUGCAUCUAUGGAUAGUAAGCCUGAAAGAGUCGAUGGUAAAAUCCUAUAUACACUUGAAGGUAUAAUAAGCGACAAACCUGAAGACGAAGAUUCAGAAGAAGAUGAAAGAAAUCCAGUAGUGAAAUUCCCUAAAUUAGGUCCUAGAAAUGCUUAUUCGAGACCAUUUAUACACUUGGAAAACUCAGAAGAUUUCAAAGAAACUUUUUAUCAAAUAUCACAAGUGCUAUCAAAAUAUCCAAACUUGAUUGAUGAUUAUCCAACGUUGAUCAAUAAAUUGAACACAUAUGAAGAUACUUACCGGAAACUACAAAGAGAUAUAGAAAAUUUGGAAGAAGAGAUAAAAGUGCUGAAGGCGUUUCUUGAAGAUAACUAUAAUGUGAGCUACAGUCCCAAAGUUAAAUCUUCGGCAUCAUUUGGUAGUGAUGAUCCCGAUGCACAAAUAGAUAUUGAUGAAGCUAUACGGAGAGAGGAAGAAGAAAUAGCACAACUAGAGUUGCAAUUCAAUAAAAGAGGGUAUUAA